AGUCUCAGCGGAAGAGGGUGGAGCCACCACUCCCAGGCCCCUGGGAGGUCACUUUAAGGAGGGCUGUCUCAUCGCCAGAGUCCCAUAAGCAGGAAAUGGAACGCUACGGAGCCAGACGAACAGCCAGGGUGCUACAAACCUGUCCGGAAGACUGUAGCCCCAACCCAUGGAUCAGGGACCCAAUGAUACGAAUGUAUCCAAAAACAUUCCACUACCACUUUGAAAAUAGACCCAUCCUCUAUGGUCGGUACGACACCUGGCUGUGCUUUGAGGUGAAAAGGAACGACUCACCUGUCUCCUGUGGGGUCUUCCGAAACCAGGAACCUCCCAAGACCCCUUGCCACGCAGAGGACUGCUUCCUGACUUGGUUCCACGACAUGCUGUCCUCUGACCAGGACUACCAGGUCACCUGGUAUACAUCCUGGAGUCCCUGCCCCGUCUGUGCAGAUGAUGUGGCUGGCCUUCUGGCUGGGCACGGGAACGUGACCCUGACCAUAUGCUGUGCCCGCCUCUACUACUACCAGGACCCCGAUUACCAGAAGGGGCUUCGCAGGAUGAAUCGGAAUGGGGCUCGACUGCACAUCAUGUCCCAAGAAGAAUUUAAACACUGCUGGGAAACGUUUGUGGACAACCAGGGAGAGCCAUUCCAGCCUUGGGACGGAUUGAAGGAAUAUCAUCAAUUAUGGAACGCCCAGCUGGAAGAGAUCCUCGGGCACCCUGAGCCCGCCAGCCCACGGCGCUGGCGUCUGGGCUGGGCUGGUGUCCUGCUGCUGCCCUGCUGGGGACGGCUGUGGGGUGCACCCACCCUGCGGGGCAUGCCACGGGUGGGCCGCCCUGAGCCCAUGCCCAUGUGGCUGCUUAAUCAGACGCUGGCCCGAGGAAGUGCAGCGGGAGAAGGAGAGGCGAUCAUGGUGUCUCCUGAGGGCGCCCCAGGACCCCGCCCCGAGGGAGCGCCUGCGCUGGAUGCCAAGCUCGCAGGUUACAAGACUCUGGGAAUGCUCGACCGGGUCCUUCUCAAUUCCGUUUGCCACACAGAAGAGUGCUUCCUGUCUUGGGUCCACGGCAUACUGUCCUCCUACGAGGACUACCAGAUCACCUGGUUCACAUCCUGGAGUCCCUGUGCCCACUGUGCGGAUCUGGUAGCUGAGUUUCUGGCCACGCACAGGAACGUGAGCCUGACCAUAUUUGCUGCCCGCCUCUACUACAGCUGGGACCCAGAUCACCGGCAGGGGCUCCGAAGGAUGAAGAAGGAAGGGGCCCAGAUGCUCAUCAUGAAUGAUGAAGAAUUUGAACACUGCUGGGACAACUUCGUGUAUAAUGGCGGAGCGCCUUGGGUCCAGCGUUGGGAUAGACUGGAUGAAAACUUGCAGAUCCUGGUCACCACACUAGAGGGGAUCCUCAGACACCCCAUGGAUAGAAUAUCUGCAGAAACAUUCUACCACCAGUUUAACAACACAACCAGCCGCCGAGGUAGGAACAGCACCUGGCUGUGCUUUGAAGUGGAAACAAACAAGGACAGCGGCUCACCUGUGUCCUUCCACAGAGGGGUCUUCCGAAACCAGGUAUGGUCCACACUCCAACCACACCCGGGCAGGACACCACCCCUGGAGCGUCCUGGCUUGACCACACCCCUCUGGCAUCUCAUCUGUAAAAUGGGGAUGGCCCCCAGGCUUGGGGCAGGAUUACAGGAGCUCAGAUCCAUGCAGCAGGUGGAACAGAAGCCCGGGCCUGUGCGCGUGGGAGCCACGCACAGUUACACACACAAUAGUAACACACACAGAAAUCCUAUGGUACGAAUAUAUCCAAAAACAUUCUACUACCACUUUAACAAUAGACCCAUCCUCUCUGGCCGGAACGACACCUGGCUGUGCUUCGAGGUGAAAACAAAGAACUCACCUGUAUCCUUCUACAGCGGGGUCUUCCGAAACCAGGGUCCCCGAAAUGCUCGUUGCCACACAGAACUGUGCUUCCUCGCUUGGUUCGAGCACAGGAUGUCACCUAACCAGGACUACCAGGUCACCUGGUAUACAUCCUGGAGUUCCUGUGCCAACUGUGCGCGGCGCGUGGCUAAGUUUUUGUCUGAACAGCCAAAUGUGAGCCUGACCAUCGUCACAGCUCGCCUCUACUACUUCUGGAAACCGGAUCACCGACAGGGGCUCCUCAGGCUGGUUAAGGAAGGGGCCCAGGUGCGAAUCAUGUGUUAUGAAGACUUCGAACACUGCUGGGAAGAAUUUGUGUACAACCGUGGGAAGCCUUGGGUCACAAAUAACAAUAAACUGAAGAAAAAUUAUCAGGACCUGAUCACCCACCUGGAGGGUAUCCUCAGACACCCCAUGGAUAGAAUAUCUGCAGAAACAUUCUACCACCAGUUUAACAACACAACCAGCCUCAAAGAUAGGAAAAGCACCUGGCUGUGCUUUGAGGUGGAAACAAACAAGGACAGCGGCUCACCUGUGUCCUUCCACAGAGGGGUCUUCCGAAACCAGGUAUGGUCCACACUCCAACCACACCUGGGCAGGAGCUAAGCCACUUGGGAAUGCAAAGCACACAGUAGCAAGGCAAAUGCCUGAUAGCGGCUCUCAUUGCAUGUUUUCG